ACAGAAGCAGGUGGCAUUGUAGCAGAGAGACUGUUAGACAUCACUAGCAGACAAAAGGAAAAAGAAUAAAAGGAGAGGAACACCUUCCUCUCCAUCUAAGCUCACACAACUACUGUAAACCCUAUUCUCUAGAUCUCAGAAUAUCAAUUGGUGUCGUCUGUGGGAGCGAAAGAGAUCUUUUCGUCACCGGAGUUCCGUUCUUACAAUACCCACUGAGAUCCAGAAUGGCUAACCACAAUGAAAAUCACGCCGUUAACACCCCAAAUGACCUGAGUUUUGCUCAAGAAGGGCAGCAGUUCUCCUUCUCUAGCCUUACAACCCCCACUAACCAACCACCAAUGCUGUUUAAUCCCUCACCGAGCUCUGCAGGGAAUGUACCUGUAGCCACCAUAUCCAACCAAGACCUUCAGACCAUGGCCCUUCAAUUACAGAAUACGGCCCACUGGUUGGGGCAGAUAAUGCGGCAGAGGGGUCUCAAUACCCCCUUAAAUGUGUCUCCCAUGGCUGAAGGAAUCCGUAUCAGUGAACCCCAACCAACUUUCAACUACCCCAUCCCUCAACAGAGCAGUAGGGGAAUUGGGGAAAGAAGCAGAGGAGCCGGAGACGAAGGGGAGCCGAUAGCCAGGGUUCACGGAAGAAGAGUGAGAGAACUCAUUGACAACGAUAAGGCAGAAAGCUAUUCCGCGGACACAGCCAGAAGGACGGAGAGUGAGGAAUGGAGAGAGGGAUGUCGCCUAGAGAAGAGGUCGAGACAAGAGGAAGAAGAUGUAGAUCAGAAGCUGCAAAAGAUGAGGGAACAGUUCAUGGCCGAGUUGGGGGCAAAGGACCACAGUCAGACUCUUUUGCCCACCUCCUCACCUUUUUCGGGGUGGAUACAACAAGAGACCAUUCCUAAAAAGUUCAUGAUGCCCUCCAUGGCGACAUAUGAUGGGACAGGAAACCCGAUGGAGAACAUUCUCAACUACAAGACCUUUAUGGAGUUGCAGACCCUGUCAGAUGCCUUAAUGUGCAAGGUAUUCCCUACGACACUCACAGGACUAGCAAGGGCCUGGUUUAACAGUUUGGAGGCUGGGAAUACUAAGAGUUUUGGCGACCUCGCCAACUUCUUUAUCAGCUGGUUCAUAGCAGGAGUACCGGCUGACAGGAACACUAGCUACCUGGAGACAGUCAGGCAAAGGAGGAAUGAGUCUUUGAGGGAAUAUGUAGCUUGUUUCAAUACGGAGGCCCUGCAGAUCCCUGAGCUAGAUGAAAGCCGGGCUGUGGAAGCCAUGCAGAAGGGAACCACCUCUCCUGAGUUCUUUGUCUCGUUAUGUAGAAAACCGCCCAUCUCCUUGGCAGAACUGAUGAAGAGAGCAGAAAAAUACAUAGCAAAAUGACGCCUUAACGACCAGCAGAUUUGCUAGAGAAGUUGCAGAUAGAGGAAGAACCUUAGAAGAGAAGAGGUCGGACAGACCUAAAAGAAGACGCAAUAAAGGACCCGAGGUAUACAGACAGCCCUGGGACAGAAGAGAGCAGAGACCGCCCCUAUCUCGGGUCCCCAAAGCAAUAACCCCCCUUAAUGCCUCCAGAGCCGAAGUGCUCGUGGCAGUUCAAGACAAGGAAUUCCUUCAAUGGCCCAAGCCUAUGAAAGCGGAAGUAAGCCGGAGAGAUCCAAACAAAUAUUGCCAGUACCAUCGCACCCACGGCCAUGACACCAAUUACUGCUACCAGCUGAUCAGCGAAAUUGAAAGGCUGAUAAAGAGGGGACACCUCCGAAACUUUAUAAAAAAACCGGAAGGAGAGAGACCUCAGCAGAACCCCGCAGUGGAAAGGCCCCGAAGACUGGGAGUAGGGCCAGUGAAUGAUGGCUUUAGUGGAACCAUUAAUAUGAUUGUGGGAGGAACUCGAGGACGGAUGAGCAGGAGGGGAAAGAAGAGAAGCCGAGACGGGGAGGGAAGCAGCAGUGAAGUCAUGCAGGUGGUAGAGCAUUCCCCUGUGGUCAUCUCUUUCUUCCCUGAAGAUGCCCAUGGCAUUCAAAUGCCUCACAACGAUGCCCUUAUCAUCGAGGCUGUCAUCCACAACUACCGAGUUCGGAAGAUCCUGGUUGAUGACAAGAGCAAAGUAAACUUAUUGCCGUAUAGGGUCUUCCAGCAGAUGGGGAUACCAGAGGAGCAGAUGGUGCGAGAUCAAUCCCCGGUAAAGGGGAUCGGAGGAACUCCAGUAACCGUGGAAGGUAAGGUGAAUGUGGCCUUGACUUUGGGAGAGCCACCCCUGUCUCGGACUCAUUAUGCCGUGUUCUUGGUAGUGAAGCUCCCACUAAGCUACAGCUGGGAAGGCCUGUGCUGUAUGACUUCGAGGUGGUGACCAGCAUCAGAUAUCUGACCAUGAAAUUCCCAACAGAGGCAGGGGUGGGAAUAGUUUGAGGGCGUCAGGAGGAAGCAAGGGCGGUAUACAUGGCCACGGUGGCAGAACCGAGCUCAGUAGACGAAAGAAUCAACUCAAAGGUUAUGGAGGUCAGAGAUGAGAAGAAAGAAGUCAGGACAGAACCUGUGGGGGAGCUGGAAACCUUCACUUUGUCUGAAGGAGAGACAGACAAAGUUUUCAGCCUCAACGCAGGCCUGACUGAAGAACAAAAGACGGCAACAAUGGCUCUAAUCCGAGGCUAUGCCUCAAGCUUCGCUUGGAAACCAUCUAACAUGCCAGGAAUAGACCCUGAGGUGAUGACCCACAAGUUGAACGUUCUCCUCAGGGCAAAACCUAUAAAGCAGAAGAAGAGAGUGGUUGGGAAAAAAAAACAGCAGGCCACCAGGGAGGAGGUGCAGAAAUUAGAAGAAGCAGGGUUCAUUAGGGAAGUCAUGUACCCACAAUGGUUAGUAAAUCCUGUACUAGUGAAAAAAGCCAAUGGCAAGUAUAGGAUGUGUAUAGACUUUACGGAUCUGAAUCAAGCUUGUCCCAAAGAUUGUUAUCCCCUCCUUGCUAUUAAUAAAAUGGUCGAUUCCAUGGCCGGUUUUGAUUAUAUGUCGUCUCUGGAUGCAAUGUCUGGUUAUCACCAAGUCCCAAUGGACAGGUCAGAUGAGGAAAAGACUUCGUUCAUAACGGAAGAUGGAACUUAUUGUUAUAGGGCCAUGCCCUUUGGGUUGAAAAAUGCAGGGGUGACAUAUCAGAGACUGAUGAAUAAAAUUUUCAAGGGGCAGAUAGGAAGGAAUGUGGAGGUAUAUGUGGACGAUACGGUAGUAAAGAGUCAAACCUUUCAUCAGCACUUGAUAGAUCUGAAAGAAGUGUUUGAGGUGCUGGAGCAGUACAAAAUGAGAUUGAACCCGAUCAAGUGCGCUUUCUUCAUUAGAGUUCCUGGGGUACGAUUAGUGGAAAGGGUAUCGAGCCAAAUCCAGAGAAGGUGGAAGCCAUACUGAAAAUGCCUAAGCUGACCUGCGUAAGAGACGUGCAGAGGCUCACGGGAGGGUGGUAGCACUUAACCGUUUCAUGUCAAAAUCAGCAGAGAGGUGCUGACCAUUCUUCAAGAAGUUGAGGAAAGUUCCAGACUUUGAAUGGACUGAGGAUUGCCAACAAGCUUUUAAGGAGCUCAAGCAAUACCUCAAUUCACCCCAUGUACUCAGCAACCCACUACUCUUUAUCUAUCUGGCAGCAUCAGGACAAGCCGUAAGUGCCAUAUUGGUAAGUGAAGAAGGGAAAGAGCAGAAACCAGUGUUUUACGUCAGCAAGGUGCUCAAAGACGCCGAGGUCAAGUAUUUGAACAUAGAAAAGUUGGCAUAUGCCCUCUUAUUAGUAGUAAGGAAGUUCAGGGUAUACCUUGAAAGCCAUCAAGGAGUGGUAAUGACAGAUCAACCUCUAAAGAAAAUCCUCCAUAGACCGGAGACGUCAGGACGGAUGCUUGCUUGGUAUGUCGAAAUUGGCCCCCACUGCCUCGAUUAUCGACCUCGGAUAGCCAUCAAGGCUCAGGCCCUAGCUGACUUCAUAGCAGAGUGUUUCUUCAAUGAAGAACAAACAGAGCUCGGUGAAAAACCAACGGAAGCAACAGGAGAAGGGCGCAAUGAGCAGCCCUCACGAAAGUUUAACUGGAGUCUGUUUGUAGAUGGGGCAUCCAGUGCUAAAGGUAGUGGUGUUGGAAUAAUGUUGAAAGGGCCAGAAGGAUUCAAGGUUUGCUAUGCCUUACGGCUAGAGUUCGAUGCCACCAAUAACAUGGCGGAGUAUGAAGCCCUGAUAAACGGGAUGCUGAUAGCGAUGGAGGUAGGGGCAACCGACCUUGAAAUAAACAGUGACUCUCAGCUGGUGGUCAAUCAAAUAACGGGGGCAUAUCAAGCGAAGGACCCAAUUAUGCAAAAAUACUUAGCAAAAGUAAAAGCCGUAGAAGCUGAGCUCGGUGAGCAAGGAAUCAUUGUGCGAUAUCAGAGAAUAACUCGAGAAGAAAAUGAGGAGGCAGAUCUACUUAGUCGAUUAUCUAAAGAAGAGUUAGAACAACUUCCGAAUGAGGUAUACAUACAACACCUCAGCACCCCAGCCUUUGACAAAACAGACACUAUAAUGCAGAUCGGAGAAGGGAAAAACUGGAUGACCCCAUACUUGGAAUAUUUAGAAAAGGAAAAACUCCCUGAAGAUAAAGUUGAGGCAAAGAAAAUCGCAGCCCGAGCUGCCAAUUACCAAGCAGUGAGGGGAACCCUGUAUAGAAGGGGGAAGUCUAGCCCGUGGCUAAGGUGUGUAGGUCUAGAAGAGACAACCAGGGUCAUGGAAGAGAUCCAUCACGGAAUAUGUGGAGCUCAUGAAGGAGCAGGAACGUUGGCGAACAAAGUUUUCAGGCAGGGAUACUGCUGGCCAACAGUUAAAAAGGAGACAGAAGAAUUUGUCAGAAGAUGUGACGUGUGCCAAAGGUUCGCCAACGCAAUCAACGUCCUAGCCACUUCUCAAUCCAGCAUAUCCAGCCUGUGGACGUUCUCACAGUGGGGCAUAGAUAUCCUGGGACCUUUCUCCAAGAUCACAGGACAGAAAAAGUUCGUAGUAGCUGUGGAAUAUUUUUCAAAGUGGCCAAAAGCUUAAGCAAUCUCCAUUAUCACAGCAAGGAAAAUGAUAGACUUUGUCUGGGGCAACAUCAUCUGCAGAUUUGGAAUACCGAGGAUACUUAUAUAAGACAACGGCAAGCAGUUUGACUACAAGACCUUUAAGGAAUUCACAAGAAACAUGGGCAUAUGGCACAAGUUCUUCUCGGUGGCCCAUCCUCAAACCAACGGCCAGACGGAGGUUACAAACCGAGCUAUCCUCCAGGGAUUGAAAAAGCGACUGGAUGGAGCAAAGAAAAACUGGGCAGAUGAGCUCAAUAGCAUCCUGUGGGCAUUCCGGACCACCCCUCGAACGCCAACGAAGGAAACACCCUUUGCAUUGGCAUUUGGCACUGAAGCUGUAGUCCCCAUUGAGUUACGAGUCCCCACUCACCGAGUCCAGUUCAAUAACGAGAACACUAAUGAUGACAAAUUGAGGGGUAACUCAGAUGUCCUAGAAGAGAUUAGAGAAGAAGCUCAAGCCCGCACCGCUACUUAUCAACAAAAGGCAGCUCGCUACUACAAUAAAAAAGUUAGGGAAAGGAGCUUGAAGGUAGGAGAUCUGGCACUAAGAAAGCUAGAAGCCACAAGAAAGAGAGCUGCAGUAGGAAAGCUAGCAUCGACCUGGGAAGGCCCUUUCAGAAUAAUCAAAGUUGUAAAACCGGGUGUAUAUCGAAUUGAAGACCUACAAGGAAAUUUGGAACCCCAUGUCUGGAAUAUCCAGCAUUUGAAGAGGUAUUUUCCUUGAAUGUACAAACAGCAUAAAUAAACACUUGUACUCUGACAAAUAUGAAUGGAAUAAACAAGGAUAUUUAUGUCAAGAUGUUAUUUUAUCUUUUUGUGUCUGAAUUCUCUUUAAAAGAGGAGAAAGAACAGGCAUUACAGGACCUCAGUGAGGUAGGUGACCGGCCUCCCUCGACACCACAAAACCAGCUGAGAUGAUGAAACGACAGUAAGCAUGGUUUUAAAUCGCGAUCGCGGCCGCGGUCGCGGAUAACGGAAACAGGUCUGUAACGGCCGUAACGUAACGGUAACGGCCUGGCGCUAUGCAAAAUUUUCAAAUUAAUUUGCAAAGUUCAUCAAAUGAUAUGAUAUCAAUAGAUUUAAUUCAGAACAAUGUAUACAAAUAUAUAAUAAACAUAAAUAUAUCAAAUAUAUUACUAUUUAGCUUAAAUUAAAUACCAUAUAGGAAAUUACCAACCUCACUACCACCAAAAAGAACGUCGUGCAGGUUCUUGUUGGUCUUGACUUUGGCUCUCUGAGCUUUGAUCAUUAAGGUGAUGCUGCUGAUGUUGAUAGUAUUGCUGUGGAUCAAAACUGAAUAAAAAACCACCACCCAUAAUAUCAUUAGGAUCACCAUAAGUUGGCUGAGGGUAUGAUAAAGCUAACUCUGCUCCUGAUAAGGGGUAAUAUGAAUAUGCAGGAGGAUAAUUUGUUGGAUAUGGCAUCCCUCUAAAUUGGCCAUGGAACCCAUAAUUUGAUGAAGUAUCUUCAGAUGAUGAGCUACCACCAGGUCCACCACCAUACAUAAAAUUUGGAUUAUACGUGCCAGCGUUGUAUCCAUAAUUUAAUGAAUCAAUUGACCCCUUCUCCUCAUAUGCAACAUCCUUACCUCUUGUUUGGGAUGUUUCAGCACCACCGGUACUAGAACUAUGAGAGCCUCGUGAUCUUUGAUAUGUACGCAUCGGAGAUGGUUCAGAAGCAAUUCUAAUUCCACUUUGUCUUUGACUAGGUGGAUCUUGUGAACUACGACUACCACCUCCUUCAACUGUGGUUCUUCCUCCACCUUGAUCACCACCACCAUCAUCAUCAUCACUACUAGAGCUGGAUAAAAUAAAAGAAUCAUCAUCACCAGCAGCACCUUGUUGUCCUUGAGUUUGAGUGGCAGAUUCAGACUGUGAUGGAGCAUUACCCGCCUCUUCACCAUCUAACCAUGGAUUUGGUUGCCCAUCAAGCAAUGGAGAUUCCCUUUCCUCCAACCAAGAGUUUAACGGAUCAUCUUCUUCAAAAAUAUAAUCCAAAUUAAUUGGAUCAUAGCUCCUGUCUAACUCUUGUUGGCUUUUUCUUGUCACAUUUUUUAUUUUCAGCCUCAUGUUGUAGUGCACAAAGACAAGUGCAUGUAAUUUUUGAUACUUCAAUCUGUUUCUUGUCUUUGUGUGAAUGAGAGAAAAUGUGCUCCAAUUUCUCUCGCAGUUUGAAGCUGAAGUUGUUUGGCUCAGUACUUUAAUAGCGAUUUUUCUCAACUCAGGAGCACUUUCUCCAUAAUUAAUCCACCACUCAGUUGCAAAAUAUUUUAAAAUUUUUAUUAUUUUAAUGAACUUAGCUAUAUAAAAAGGAACGAACAAAAAUAAUUUAUACUUAUUUUAUAAACUUAGUACCUGGAUUAGUGAACUUAAUUGCCUUUUGCGCCAAAACUGUUCCAAAACUCUCUAUUUUGUCCCGAAAAAGUAGGGCCUACAUGUUCCAAAUUCCAGUAAGUUAACUUCAAGUUCAAAAGCAACAGUUCAAGCUUCAAGCCUUCAACUACACUAACAUAGUAGUAACACUUGAGAAUUAGCUUGUUAGUUGUUACUUACUUGAUUUAAUGCUUUUCCUUGAUUUACUAAAUCCCCCUCUAGACGUUGAAUCACAUUUUUGAGAGCUAACAUGAUCUCAUUAUCAUUUCCAAUAUCAUGUGGGCCAUAUUGAUAUUGAGGAUUUAGAAAAUAUCCUGCAAAAUAAAAUAUGAAGAUAGAUAAUAAGUUAUCUUUUAAUUUAACAACUUAAUUUUCUAAACUAUCAAAUUAUAAUACAAUGUUCUUACCGGCGGCAUGCAAGUCAUGAUGCAAUUGAAAAUUCCAUCUAUGAUAAAUUAUUCUCCAAUAUUCCAAAUAGCUUCUAGAAUUUUUUUGAAUAGCCAAUUUUGUUCGCUCCAUUGCCUCAUAUAUAAAUCCCAUUGUUGGCUUGUCAUCUCCAUCAACUAAUCUUAAAACCUUCAGGAGAGGUUCUUGAACUUUCAUUAUUUGUUGUGCCCUCUCCCAAAAGUUUCUUCCUUCGCUGCCUAAGCCAAGCACAAUUUUCUUGGCUUCAUGCGCUGGACCACUUGUUGCUUGUCCAUAUUUACUCAUCAUCCAUUGCUCCGAUUCGAACAUAUUCCUUAGCCCCACCCUAUAACGGACAAUAGACUCUAAAGCAAUGAAGUUUGUGGCAAAUCUAGUGAUGCCAGGUCGAAUAAUAUCUCUAUUGUCCGUGAAUUUCUUCAUAUAAUUGACUACCCAAUUAUGAUUAUAAAUAAAUUGAGUAAUUACCUUGGCUUGGUCAAUUAUUUUUUUCACACUCUUCUUCUUUCCAAUAUCUUCCAAAAUAAAAUCAAUACAAUGAGCACUACAAGCAGUCCAAUAUAGAUUAGGGAAUUUCUCCAUUAGUUUCUUCCCUCCUAAUUUAAUGGCAGCUUCGUUGUCCGUUACCACUUGGAUAACUUUUUGAGGGCCUAUUUCUUCCACUACUUCUUUCAUAAUUUUAAAAUAGUAUUCUCCAUCUUUAUGCUCCACAUUGGAUGCAUCAACAGACUUGUGGAAAACUGUGCCUCUGUUUGAGUAAACAAGGAAAUUUACUAUACCCAUACGUGUUGGCCCACUCCAACCAUCACACAUUAUGGUAACUCCCCUCUCCUUCCAUAUUCCAUGAAAUGAGGCUAUAUAUUUUUUCAUCUCAUUGUACUCAUUUUUUAGAUAAACUUCUGCAAUUUCAUAAGUACUAGGUGGAGAUACAUUAGGCCCUAUUUCUGCUGCUGUUCUUAAAAGUGGCUUUGUCCACGGUGACUCAACAAUACUGAAGGGAAGUCUAUUAUGUAUAACAAAAUUUUCAAAUGCUUUCAACAUUUUCUCCUUCUGUGUCUUCAACCAUUUAGUUUUUAAUUUUGGCUGCUUUUGUUGAGCUCUGCUUCUCUCUAUCUCAACUUCUGUGGCAGCCAACCGAGAUGCCGGUGUAGAUAUUUCUGCAUAUCUUUGUGCUUCUCUACCUCUCUCACGUGUAGUAGCAGAACGACCCAACACUUGUCUGCUACUACCACCAACAUCAAAUCUAGAUCCAGUUCUCCUUCUAAAUUCAUCUUCUUCCAACUGUCUCAUGCUCGCCCGUCUCGCCAUUUCCAUUUCGAUGUCCUCCUCCUCCUCCUCCUCUUCAUCAUCUUCGAUUCUAUUUAUAUUCAUAAUUUCUUCUUCUAAUUCUCUUUCUCUUUUUUCUUUAUCCUUUUUAGCUAAUUGGUAUUCUUUCAGGACAGCGGCCAUAUCCUUCUUAACUUGGGAAGAAACUUUCUGACAACCUGCAAUUUGACCAGGUGUUGCAAACUUCCACCCAAUAUCUUCACUUGGUUUACCACCCCCUUGAGUAGAACCAGAACCACUUCCACGAGGCAUUUUCAAUACAAAUAUUUAAUAACUGUUCAUAAAAAUUAAAAGAUAUCAAAUGUCAAAUACAUGGAAGGCAAAUAUUUUUUUUCAUAACUAAUAUUUUAAUUUUAACCUAACUCCAUACAUUAAUUUCUAUUUAACACAAAUUAUAUAAAUAUGAAAUUUUUAAUUGUUAGACUACAAGUCUUAGUCUACCACUAUUAAUUUAACUCAAAACUAACUCAAUCAAAACAGUGCCAAAGGGUGUACUUCACAUUUCUUUCCUCUUUCAUAAGGCUUUCGUAAUAUCAUACGUCAUGCAAAUGAACUGUAGAUGACUUAGCCUUUCAAAAGCUUUCCAUGUUAAAUUCUAUUAAAUGUAUGUUAUGUUCCCGGAAAGAAGAUAUAUAAACGAGAACAAUAGUGGAAUAAGUGUUAGGUCUUCAGCAACCUUUCUUCUUUUCCUUCUGGGAAUUCUUCAUGUGUACAUGUGGAGUGUGAUGCAAUCAGAUAGAUGGAAUUGGGAUGCUCUUAGGGAAAUGAUCUUGAAGUAUGGCACCCUUCUGGUAGCACCCGUGUCCAUUGCUUCAACAAGCCAGAUUCUUGGUAACAAUCUAUUAACUUAGUUCCUUUGAAGUAUCUGCUGCCAUCUAGUCCCUCUCAUUUUCAGUGGUGAAGAAUUUUUAUGGUGAACAGACACAUCCUCCAUAACUUAACAGAGACUUGUCUUUGGUCUCAUCCUCUUAAAAACAAGAUAAUCAAUGAGAAUGUAUUUAUUCUUUUCACAAUCUGGUUGUUCCUAGUAUUUGUUGCAUGUUACAAUGUCAUGCAUUGAUCUCUCCAUGUCUUAUAUCUCUGCAAGGCCCAAAAACUGAAAUGUACUAUCUGGAACACGGGUUGCUGCUGAUGCAAUCAAGUUUACUAUUGUUACAUCCGUCUCAAAGAUGUAAUGGAAUUUCUUCAUUAUGUUAAGCCUUGUUUACACUUUACACAUUUCUUUAAAAAUCUUCAUUCCAUAUUUAUUUUGUAGUUCUGAAGACUUAAAGUCCAUUUUGAGAAUUAUAAGAGUAGAAAAAGAGUUAAAAUAAUAAUUCUUAAUAAUUAUAUAUAUAUAAAAUUAUGAAUGCAUGUAUGUAUAUUUUUUCAAUUGAAACAAUGGGCACAAAGUUUCAAUGAAAGAUAUCUUCUACAGUCUGCUACUCUGCUUGUAAUGAUCUUGGCAGUUGGCUGUGCCAUGCUGACCUUGCUCAUAUUUGAAGUUUUAUUGUUAUUAUUAUUAUUUAUUUUUGGUGAAAAAGGAAAUGUUAAUAGGACAAACAUUGAUGUCAAUACUAAUAUGAUACAAGUAGUAUGCCCACUGCUUGCUGAAAAACAAAGGAUGCAUGUCCUGUGGCAGUUGCGAGUGCAAAUUUAUGGACAUAUGUCGGCAACAAUCAACUGCAAGUUGGGAUUGAGGAGAUUUGGACCAUGUAAAAGCAAUAUUCUGUUCUCUUUUGGUCCAUAAAUCAAGGUUACCAUCAACUGAUGAAACCUCAACGCCAUUAUUCUAAAGCAACAGUGGGAUUUGCAGAUAUGAACAACUGUGGAUUGAUCAUAAUUUUUCUGCAGAUCAUAGUCAACAGGAAUAUUGUUGGGCCAACAUAUAAGGUAGCUAUCUUUGACCUCAACAACCAAUUGUAUUGUUUGAUUCACAACUUUCUAAGUGAUUCUUUGCUUGAAAGGUUUAUCUUUAAAUUCUUUUCGAUAUAAGCUUUCAAUUUCUCAUGCCACGUGUACUUCUCUAAGAGUCUACUUUUAAUUCUUUGUUUUUUCUGCAGACAAUUUAACAAACUACAAUCUUAAAGUCAUCAUCCUGGAUUUCAUAUUCACAUUGUCCUUAACUAGAAGAACUCUUAGAGUCUUAGUUUGUUUCUUUUAUAAAUGGGCAUCUUUAACUUCAUCCUACAGACAAUUUAAGGCAGCUCCAAGCUGAAAAUGAUUGAACAAGCCUCCUAUGUUUUUAUCCUAUUCUUGUACGUAGAGAAAGGACUAAUUCCACCUUAGCAAACGUGUGAAUCACAUUUCUACCACUCUUUUUCUUUGUGGAGAAUUGGAGAUAUGCCAUUGGUCUAUCUUUUAUUUGGGUCUAAGCUAAAAUGAAUACCCUUUAUUUCUUUUU